CAAAAUUGUGACUCCUCAUCCCACUUCGAAUCUUUUAGAAUCGCAGCGUAUACAGAAGCUCUGUCCUUCCUACGAGUCGACAUCGAACGAGCCUCGUUGCCCGUAAAGUCUGUCCGACCGUCGUUUUCGAGUAAUUCAGCAAUUUCCAAGCGAUCACAUCGACACUCGCGUGAGCAGCUACGAGAGAAAGUUUCGGGUCCUAUAAAAAACCAGCCCCCACUUCCUAUCUUCCUCCUUCUCGCCAACCGACUCUCAUUUCCCCAGAUUAUCGUCGAACAACACCGCCAAGAUGUCUUUAACAAACUGUCGGUUUUACGAGGAGAAGUAUCCGGAGAUUGACAGCUUUGUGAUGGUCAAUGUCAAGCAGAUUGCAGAGAUGGGUGCCUACGUCAAGCUGCUGGAGUACGACAACAUCGACGGCAUGAUUCUGCUUUCUGAGCUGUCCCGAAGACGUAUUCGAAGUAUCCAGAAGCUGAUCCGAGUCGGACGCAACGAAGUUGUGGUGGUCCUCCGUGUGGACAAGGAGAAGGGAUACAUCGAUCUGUCAAAACGACGUGUUUCGCCCGAGGAUAUCGUCAAGUGUGAAGAGCGCUACAACAAGAGCAAGAUGGUCCACUCCAUCAUGCGACACGUUGCCGAAAAGACCCAAACUCCCAUCGAGUCCCUAUACGAGAGCAUAGCCUGGCCUCUGAACCGCAAAUAUGGCCAUGCUAUUGACGCUUUCAAGCUGUCCAUCACCAACCCCGAGGUGUGGGAGGAGAUUCAGUUCCCCAACCAGGUUGUCGACGACGAGCUGAAGCUGUACAUCAGCAAGCGACUUACUCCUCAGCCCACCAAGGUCCGUGCCGACGUCGAAGUUACCUGCUUCGGUUAUGAGGGUAUCGACGCUGUCAAGGCUGCUCUGCGAACCGCCGAGGCCAAGAACACAGAGUCCAUGCAGGUCAAGGUCCGACUUGUUUCGCCGCCACUUUAUGUGCUUACCAGCACAUGUCUCGACAAGUCACUGGGUAUCACCCGUCUGGAGGAGGCCAUUGUUGAUAUCCGAACGAGCAUCGAGGCAGCUGGUGGCAACCUGACCGUCAAGAUGGAGCCCAAGGCCGUUACCGAGAGCGACGAUGCCGAGCUGCAGGCACUCAUGGAGAAGAGAGAGCGCGAGAACGCCGAAGUCAGCGGUGACGAGAGUGUCAGCGACAGCGACGACAACAUUCCCGAGACAAUCUAAGCUGUCUCACAGCUCUAUGCCAACAGCGAUGAAACUGCGGUUCUUACACUUGGGACCGGGGGAAAGCGGAUACCAUCUUUUACAAACAAAAAAGAGGAAGGAAAAAAGCCGUCAGCGCUCGUACUAAAAUGAGAGGCAUGAGCCUAGAAUUUGGUUUAGGAAGCUUUUGUGGCGGGUAAUGGCG